AUGACAACAGUUUUGACCACAUUCAUUGUCAGGUUCAUAUGCUUUUUUAAGGUUGGUAUGUCUACCUUUAUGCUGUCCCGAACACUUUGGAAGGAACAGUAUUACGUUUUUGCUCCACUGUGGCAAUUUUUCUCUAAUAGUUUUCCAGAUUCAUAUCAUCAGUUGCAGCAUCAGCAGAUUGAUUGGAGGCAUGAUCCCUGUAUCUUGCAGAACAGCACAUUUUAUCAAAUAGCUGAACAAGGAGACAUACUUGCUGAUCCUGCAGUCGAUGUGGAUGGCCACGAAAUUCGCCCAUAUUGACUAGGUGACGGUGCUUACCUGAUAUUUCUGUGGCUGCAAAUACCAUUGCUGGAGGCAACAAGGGAUCAGCGUGAAAUACAGUUUAACCAAGAGCUAUUUAGUGGCAGGGUGAAAGUCGAGUGUGCCUUUGGCUGCCUGAAAUCUGGGUUGAAAAUUUUACACAAGCAGCUUGACAGUGUCAUAGCAUUCUCCUUCAAAACUGCCAUUGCCUGUGCUCUAUUGCACAACGUUUGUAUCAAAAUGGGAGACGAUUGGGAUGACAAUGGAAAUCCUCAUCACUGUGAUUGUCAUCAUGACAACAGAGAUGUUGUACGAGAUGGAGAUGAAAUCUGA